AUGACCCAUAUCCCUUCAGAAUCAUCACCCCUCCUCCCCGCCGAACCUCCCAUCGAGACGGCCCAUCACCAGCAACACAUCCCCCUCUACCCCAGGAAGAGCCAGCACGAGGAGUGCCACAUCGACUACAGCAACGUGCUCCGCGACAUCAUCAUCGGCUUCUCAGACGGCCUCACCGUGCCCUUCGCCCUGACCGCCGGCCUCUCCAGCCUCGGCAGCGCCAAGGUCGUCAUCAUCGCCGGCCUCGCGGAGCUGUUCUCCGGCAUGAUCAGCAUGGGCCUGGGCGCGUACCUCGCGGCCGUCACCGAGCGCGACCACUACAACCACCAGGAGCAGCGCGAGGCGUGCGAGGUGCAGAACAUGCCCGAGGCCGAGCGCGACGGCGUCUACUCCAUCCUGGAAAAGUACAACGUAUCGCGGACUGCUGCCACACCCCUAGUGGAUGAGCUGUGCAAGAACCCCGACCAUUGGGUGCGCUUCAUGAUGGACUUUGACCUCAAGCUCGACAAGCCCAACAUCCACCAGGCAUGGAUCUCGGCCGUCACCAUGGGACUCAGCUACUUCAUCGGCGGCCUCAUCCCCAUGAUCCCGUACUUUGUCAUGGACCGCGUGCGCGAGGCUCUUUGGGUCUCCAUCGGCAUCACUGUUGCUGUCCUGCUCGUCUUCGGCUACGUCAAGAACUACGUCGCCAUCCGGAACCACCGCGCCGGUCUCUGGGGAGCGUUCCAGACCUUGGUCAUUGGAAUGCUGGCAGCAGGAACAAGCUACGCCAUUGUCAGAGGCUUGGACAGAAAGGACCAAUAG